UGUUACCACUGACAUUUUUUCCAGUCCCAUACUUCAGUAUAGAAAGGACUAAUAAUAAACAAAAUAAAUAGUGGGGAAAUAAUACUGUAAUAGAUAAUAUUUAACCACUUGAAAGCCUACUCCAUGAAUUCAACCUUUUGUUUGCUUCUCGAUUGGUUCUGCUCGGUUGUCACCACCAGGGCAGCUGAUUGAACAGAUAAUGAAAUGGAGAUUUUUUUUAUACAUCGGCUGGAUAUGUUUUAUUUGACAGCUAAUUUCGAUUUAGUGCGAAAUUUACAUGUGAUUGGCUUGUCUAUCUGUAGAUAUAUAAACCGAUUGGACUACAUAAACUAAGCCCAGAGCAAUGGUUGUUGGAUAUGAGACUUUCCAAUGAAACCAUGCUGCAUCAUAUCAGCACAUCAAUCAUUUAAUCGUUUCACUAACUCAGCGCAAGAUGGACUAAAAAUCUCUAUAAAAAGGUGUACUACUAAACUACUAAUUCCAUAGACUGCCUGGCAUAACAGGCACUAAGACUGGCAUGUAGGCUUCUUCGCCGCCAUGGUUAGCACUAGUUAGUAGUUACCAAACAAUGGACUGAGAUCUGUUUGCCAGUGUUGACUUUAAUAUAUGAGAGUGUCUGAUCUCUAACUAACUUCAGCUUGGCUACCUCUACAGCAGUGUCUGGUUUUAGUUUUGUACUGGUAGUAUUGAGUGUUCAUUUUGAACUUUGCUACUCGAGCUAUGCAUAUUGAGAAGAACUAGAAUCAAACUAUAAUAGACCUUACAUCUCUGUAGUUCCAUUCUGUUGUCCCCAUUUCUAUCAUGAUUGGAGAUUUCACGGCCUACUUCUCAUUCUAGAGAGAUUCUGUUUCUCAAAUCUGACCCUUGAAUUAUUCAUCCAGCAAUACAACAUCUUACUCACGAGAGACUGCUUGGCCUCCAACAAGAUAAAGCCCGCAGUCAACCAAAUUGAGAUACACCCUUACUUACAGCCCAAUUCCCCUGUGAAGUUGCCACACCUUUUUAUUAUUUUGCGGGGAAAGGGAUUUCCUUGCUCAAUCAAAGAUUACAAUCAUUCCAAACAGGUACUUUGACUUCAGGUGAGUAAUUACCAAGCCAGCAUGCAGUGGAUUGCUGCGACCGGACUCUCAAAGUGAGAGCAUGGCCAGCCUCAUUUUGAGUACGAGAAAUCUUCGCAUUCCUUUUUCCUGAUAUCAGCUGACUAAUUUCCAUCACCUAGUUUACAUACAUAGAGCAGCUCUGGCCUGGACACUUGACAAAAUUGAUAUCCUCUUAAAAAUCAAUUUCCACCUUGGUUCUGGCCAGACUUGGUGGCCUAUGGUCCACACUCCACAGUCAAAAUAGGGCAUGCGAAAUUAGUUUCUGAGUCCAGACAAUUAAAUACCCAAGAAAAGAGUGCAAAAUCAAGGUUAGAAGUGGCGAAAAAUCUAGCUGGAGCGAUGUAUAUCAGCCAUGCAUCUUGUGGCACUAAGAGUGCGCUUAUAGGUGUACUGCCCGCUAAAAGGGUUCCUGAAUAUGCAGUAAAAAUGACUUGAAACUUGAAAGCUUGCAGCCUGCGUUCGUAAAUUGUCUAAUCUAGUGGCCUAAGUCCUAACUAGCCGCCAACUAGUCAGACUGUUUGUUUGGGAGGUGUCUUGAAUCGACUUGUCGACUUGAAUACCUUGUUCCAGGUACUGUUGCAUGAAAAGUUCAUACAUCCCCUCGUCUAGUAGUGGUUGAUUAGUCAAAUUUAAUGAAUCCCCUUGAUUAGUAGUGUUGAUUAGUCAGAUUUAGCCUGUUGGAAGGCGUCUCGACUUGACUUGUCACUUAAAAAGAAAAACUUUCUCGAGACAUUGUCAAGAUGAUGAUUUUUUUUUAUUCACAGCACCGUAUCAAGAUGGUGCAACUACAGAAGAGGUCAACUUUUAGCCUUAUUUUUCAAGCGGGAAAAGAGAGAGAUAGCAACCUAAUGCAUUGAUUGAUGGGUUUCUUCAUUCCCUCAUUUUCUCCCAAUUGACUUAGCCUGUCGUAGACCCUUAUCCUCUUCCCAGGAUUCCUUAAACAAGUCUGUGACAAGGGCAAAUGUUGAUUUUGGUUCCAGGAGUGAGACCAUUAUGCAUGGUGAAGUUGCCUAGAAGUUCAGCUGAUCUGGUUUGUGAUAGUAUGCAACUCACUCCAGGAAUCUUCCUAUAAGAAUAGAUUGCCAUUUCCUAAAAAAAAGUGGAGUCGGUUGGAAGAAAGGUAACCUCCUCGUAUGAUUGGUUGACACUUGGUGCAGAAUGCAGUUUUUGCCAAUCCACAUUCUCUUCUUAUUCCUAGAAACAAUACUGGUAGUCAGGCACACCAAUGGAAUCAGUUCAAGCGAGGGUGACAUGCAUGAACCAGUUCUGGUACAAAGGUUGGACCUCGUCACAAGGAUAAUCAAGUUUAGACACCGUUCACAUGGUUGACCGAUACUCGAAGUUCAUGAAUUCCACUUCUAUAUACAUUGCUGCUUUGCAAUGACCAGCCUCUUCCCAUACCACUUGACAUCCCCUUCUCCCGAAUCCCAAAGCCUCACACACAGUCCAUAAGGCUAUUUAGAUUGCUUGAUUGUGGGAAAGAAGACCCUGCAACAAAUGGAGGGGGUGAUAGCGGUUGCCAUGACAGGAGCGAUGUCAUCACUCCUAAGCAAGCUCGCGGCCUUGCUGGAGAAGAAGUACAGGCUGUCCAAAGAUGCGAAGAAGGAGAUCAUCUCUUUGAAAGAUGAGAUGAGCUCUAUGAAUGCUCUGCUCCUGAAGCUGUCUAGGUUCGACGAGCUCGAUGAGCAACAGAAGGACUGGCGUGACAAGGUCCGUGAGCUAUCUUAUGGUAUGGAAGACUGCAUCGACAUAUUCAUGAAUGAUCUUGAUAGUGCUGAUGCCAAGGAUGGGCUUUUGGGUGAACUAAAGAAGCUCAAGGCUCACUACAAGAUUGCUAACAGAAUUGAAGAACUCAAGGCUCAGGUCUUGGAAGCAAGCGAUCGUCACAAUAGAUAUAAGCUUGAUGAGCAUGUUGGUUCUUCUCGGGGCCCUGAAGCUAUUGACCCUCGUGUACAGGCACUCUACACCGAGGCCAGUAGCCUUGUAGGUAUAGAUCGCCCAAAGGACAAGCUUACCGAGUUGCUGAGGAUGGAGGAGAAUGCACCACAACUUCAUGUGGUAUCAGUUGUUGGAUUUGGAGGCAUGGGCAAGACAACGCUUGCCAAACAAGUUCAUGAUAAGAUCAAAAGCCAAUUUGAUUGCACAGCCUUUGUAUCGGUGUCUCAAAAUCCCAGUCUUAUCAAGGUAUUGUCAGAUAUACUCUCUGGAGUUUGGGGGCAGGUGCCUUCUUUCCUGAAUGAAGAGCGCCAACUGAUCGACAAACUUAGGGAAGUUCUCCAAAACAAAAGGUACCUCAUCGUCAUUGAUGAUAUAUGGACAAUGGAAGCCUGGAACAUUAUCAAAUGUUCUUUGAUGGAGAAUAAUAAUGGCAGUAGAGUUAUAACAACUACACGUAUUGAAGAUGUAGCUCAGGCAUGUUCUUGUUCACAUGGCCAUGUUUAGAAGCUCAAACCUCUUAAUGAUCUUGACUCAAGGAGAUUAUUCCAUGGAAGGAUUUUCCCCUCUGAAGAUGCUUGUCCUGAGAAACUAAUGAAUGUUUCUGAUGAAAUUCUAAAGAAAUGUCAAGGGGUUCCACUAGCCAUACUGACUGUAGCCAGCCUUUUGGCUAAUCAUAAGGAGGUAAAUUCAAAGGAUUUCUGGGAAAUGAUACAAAACUAUUUAAGUUUACAGUUGGAAGGAAACCCUGCUUUUCAAUGGAUGAGACAUGUCCUUAAUCUUGGAUACAGUUAUUUAUCUCUGGAUCUCAAGACCUGCAUGCUAUAUCUUGGUAUAUUUCCUGAAGAUUCUGAAAUAAGAAAGGAUGAUUUGGUUAAGAGAUGGGUCGCCGAGGGUUUUGUUGGCCUAGAGGAGAUGGCAGAAAGUUAUUUUAGUGAGCUCAUCAAUAAAAACAUGAUCCAAAUAGCCAGGUUUGAUGACUGUGGGAAUGUGCUGUCUUGUCGAGUGCAUGAUCUAAUGCUUGACUUUAUCAUACUGAAGUCCACAGAAGAAAACUUUAUCACUGUAAUUAAGGAAUCCCCUAUUAUUCGUGAUCCACAUACCAGGAAAUGCUCCAUGGAAGUUCGCCGACUAUCCCUCCAAGUCAGAAAUUCAGAAUGCAAUCAUGUGGUAGGGAGCAUUGCUUUAGCCCAAGUUAGGUCAUUUAACUUUUGGGGCCCUGGUCAAUGUAUGCCUUCUCUCUCGAGGUUUCAACUCGUGCGAGUUCUACAUCUUGAUGUUUAUGAUACCAAGGAAGAGCAGUAUGAUCUAUCUUCUAUAUGCAAUUUGUUCCUACUGAGAUAUUUGAGGAUUGGAGGUUUGAAGUGUGAGAAACUCCUAAAACAAUUGCAAAAAUUGAAACAUCUGAAGAUAUUGGAGAUCGUCGGUGGAGAAAAUGGUGCAUGGCUGGAUGUUCGCUACUUACCCUCAAUGUUGUGGCAUCUCAUCAUUCCUUCAGAUCUGUCUUUGUUUGGUGGGAUCGGCAGGAUGGAAGCCCUCCGUACUUUGCAUGAACUUCACAUCACAGAUUUUGGGCUCCUGGAUGAAUUCAAUCUGAGGACAAAAGUUGAUCUGAAGACAAAUCUGGAGAUCCUGAAGGAACUCGGUAAUCUGAAGAACUUGAGAGAGCUAAAGCUUCACCUGUCCGGACUCACUAACGCUUUUGAAGACUGUCUACUCCCUUCGCUCUGUAGGCUCAGCAGCCUUCAAUCCCUAACCACUAGUGGAGACCACUUAAAUGGUGAUUGCUUGGCUUAUUGGACCCCACCUCCACGCCAUCUUUAUAGAUUGCACGUGCUGAACUGCCCCUUCUCCAUGGUCCCAGAUUGGAUUGUGCGACUUGAAAAUCUCAAAAGCUUGGAGAUGCAACUUGUGUCACUGCCGAGGGUUGGUGUUGAGGUUCUCUCCAGUCUGACCUCACUGGUGCACCUUACAUUGCGUGUUAGGGAUCAUGCUCCCGAAGAAGACGUCGUCGUUAUCCGUGGUUCAACGUUCCCAAACCUCAAGAAUCUUGUCUUCACAUAUGAAGUGCCUUGCCUGGUGUUCGAGGCAGGGGCUAUGCCAAGGCUCGAGGACCUCACUAUAGAGUGUUGCGCAGAAGCUGUGCAGCAUGCCGAUGGUGUUCUUGAUGGCAUCGAGCACCUGGGAAGUCUCAAGGCAUGCAAGGUGAACAUUUACAAGCGGGCCGGGCUCUUUAGGCAAAGUUGUUUUCAUAUGAUGGUAUGCAGUUCAUGUGGAAUGGAAGAAAAGGAUCCACACAUGCAGGGGCAGAGUCUUCAGGCUGCGAUCAGGGAGGCGAUCAACAAGCACCCGGGUAAUCCCAAUAUCAGCAUUAUAACUUUUUGAUAGUGCGAUCAAGUGAAGGAGAUGGGAGGAAGCACCCAAGUCAAAAAGGUGUUUGUUCUUGUGUAUCAAAUGGUUGCGAUGUGAGCAGAUGAAAGCUAGGGCCAAGCGAUUGGAGUGUUGGGGCUUUACUACAACGCCUCAGUACAAGGAGCAAAUGGAAGCUAGGGCCAAGCGAUUAGGGUGGCUUAUGAGGGAGUUUAUGUCCCAAUUUGAAAUGUCUCCAAAAAAAUGUCCCAAUUUGAAUGAUGAGCCUGUAAUUUUUUCCCAUGCUAAGUUGAUAUGGUGUGUUUAUUUUGUUUUGAGCUUGUAAUCCUUGUAGCUAUGACACGCUAAUAAACAUUGGGUUGUGUGCAUUCGCAAUAUAGAGGUUGGAGGCAAUAUA